CUACAGAGGCUCAUUUAGCUCAGGAUGAAGACAGUUUUGAAAGAAGAAAGGCGUUCUUACUAAAGAUUGUAGCAAAUAAGCACAAAGGUGUUUCCAGGAUGAUUUUAUCAUAUCAAAUGUUACAUUUCAUUUUACUUGCCUCAGUUUCUGGUGGUUUUCUUGCAUCCUGAAAGACAGUGUUACAGAAUCACUGCCCAAGGUGAAUAUGACAGGAGCCAUUUCUGGGUAUUCUUUCAAGCAAUGCCCACACCAACUAAGUGCCUGCAACAAAGAUAUUUAUGUGGAUCUAGACAUGCAAGGUAUGAACUAUAAUGGCUCUGUAACAAAGAAUGCCCAGGAAUGCCAAGAGAGAUGCACGAAUGAUGCCCACUGUCACUUUUUCACGUAUGCGACACGGCAGUUUCCCAGUGCGGAGCAUCGGAAUAUUUGUCUAUUGAAGUACACCCAAACAGGGGCACCAACUGGAAUAAGGAAGCUCAAAAAAGUGGUGUCUGGAUUUUCCUUGAAAUCCUGUGCACUUUCUAACCUUGCUUGUAUCAGGGACAUUUUCCCUAGCACGGUGUUUGCUGACAAUAACAUUGACAGUGUUGUCGCUCCAGAUGCUCUUGUCUGUCGCCGCAUUUGUACUCAUCAUCCCAAUUGUUUAUUUUUUACCUUCUUUUCCCAAGAAUGGCCCAAAGAAUCUCACAGAAAUCUUUGUCUCCUUAAGACAUCUGAAAGUGGAUUACCAAGUACACGCAUUCACAAGAACCAAGCUCUUUCUGGUUUCAGUCUACAAAACUGCAGGCAUAGCAUCCCAGUGUUCUGCCAUUCUUCAUUUUACUACGACACUGAUUUCUUGGGAGAAGAACUAGACAUUGUUGACGUGAAAGGGCACGAAGCCUGCCAGAAAAUGUGUACCAGUGCCAUCCGAUGCCAAUUUUUUACCUAUUCUUCAUCUCAAGAAUCUCACAACAAAGGAAAGGGCACAUGUUACUUGAAACUUUCUUCAAAUGGAUCUCCUACUAAAAUACUUCAUGGGAGAGGUGGCAUCUCUGGAUAUACAUUAAGAUUAUGUAAAAUGGAUAAUGUGUGCACAACCAAGAUCAAGCCCAGGAUUGUUGGAGGAUCUGCCUCUCUUCCCGGCGAGUGGCCUUGGCAGGUAACCCUGCACACUGUGUCACCCACCCAGAGACACCUGUGUGGAGGCUCCAUCAUUGGAAACCAGUGGAUAUUAACAGCUGCUCAUUGCUUCUAUGGGAUAGAAUCUCCUAAAAUUUUGCGUGUCUAUGGUGGAAUUUUAAACCAAUCUGAAAUAAAAGAGGAUACGGCUUUCUUUGGGGUACAAGAAAUAAUAAUUCAUGAUCAAUACAAAACUGCAGAAAGUGGGUAUGAUAUUGCCCUGUUGAAACUAGAAACAACAAUGAAUUAUACAGAUUCACAACGACCCAUUUGCCUACCUUCCAAAGGAGACAGAAAUGUAAUAUACACUGAUUGCUGGGUGACUGGAUGGGGGUACAGGAAACUAAGAGACAAAAUACAAAACACUCUCCAGAAAGCCAAGAUACCCUUGUUGUCAAAUGAAGAAUGCCGGAAAAGAUACCAAAGACAUGAAAUAACCAGUGGGAUGAUCUGUGCUGGCUAUAAAGAGGGGGGGAAGGAUGCAUGCAAGGGAGAUUCCGGAGGCCCCCUAUCCUGUAAACACAACGAGGUCUGGCACCUGGUGGGCAUCACGAGCUGGGGGGAAGGUUGUGCACAGCGGGAACGGCCAGGCAUUUACACCAAUGUGGUCAAGUACCUGGACUGGAUUUUGGAGAAAACUCAAGCACCGUGAGGGAGCUCCAGGCACCAUCUGACUCCCUGAAGUGCAAACCAGAUCAUUCCUGGGAAGAGGGCUUUGAAUUCACUGACAAAGGCACCAGGCUACCAUGUUGCCUCCACAGUAACGAAUGGAAAGUGCUUCAUGGAUGUAAAAAAAUACCAGUGAAAAUGCCACUUUCACAACUCCCAUCCUGUGACAUUCAUCAUAGGUUUUCAGCAUCUAGUCUUCUUUAUUCUACUGGGCCAAUGAAUGAUAUGUUUGAUUUGUUUGAAUAUGAUGAUAUGUUUGAAGAUUAACACAGGAGACAUAGGCAGGUAUCCCAGAGAAAGAAUCUAGCAGAGGCAGCAAGGGAUCAGAUAGAACUGCUGAAAGAGACUACCAUAAAAAGAUUUGUUAAAUAAAAAUGGGAACUGGAAGAUAAGGGAACAAGAAAAAUAAUCAUCAGCUUUCAGGAAUCUAUACUCUGCCUCUAUGAACACAUGUCUUUUGUACAGGAAUUCAAUAGCAGCUUUGCAGAAUAGUCAGGAAUUUAUGUCAUUUCAAUUUUUAAUAUACCUCUUUUUCAAAUCAGUGUUGCUAGACACAAGGUUAGAGGGACUAGAAAUGAAGACUCCAGAAUUCCUGUGUGGCAGAGCAUUAUGAAUAGUAUUUUUCCUGAAACAGUACCUUAGGGAACAAAUCUUGAAGAUCUACUUGCCUAAGAAACUAUUUGGGGAUAAUGGUGUAUUUAUUUGGAGUGGUUUGGGAGAGAGAGGCUGGAAUAGAUAAGGGAAGAAAGCUAAACUCCCCUAAGACAAGCUGUUGUCCUGAGUGUGGGCUGCAUAAUAAAUGUAUUGAACAAUGAUCAGUCUAAAGUGUAUCAGCAAUACAGGGAAAACUGAUUUGGAACCAAAUGGAUAGCUAGAGUCUUGAGCCUCUGCAAACGGCUCCCUGUUUCCAAGGUCUGGAUUUUUCCCUUUAGCACAAAUAUUUACACAGUUAUUGUUCUAAUAAAGUGCAAUAACCUAGAA